AUGGCUCCCUAUGAAGCAUUGUACGGCCGACCUUGUAGGACUCCAGUAUGCUGGAAUGAAGUCAGAGAACAACAAUUACUGGGUCCAAAAUUAGUUCAACAAACAACAAAGAAUGUGAAACUUAUCAAGGAUAAUCUUAAGGUGGCCCAUGAUAGACAAAAGAGCUACGCUGAUAAGCGAAGAAGAGAACUAGAAUUUGAAGUCGGAGAAUGGGUAUUUCUUCGGCUGUCCCCAUGGAAAGAAAUUCUCCAGUUUGGGAGAAAAGGGAAGUUAAGUCCACGAUACAUUGGACCAUAUGAAAUUGUGGAACGGGUUAGUGCAGCAGCUUAUAGGCUGCAGUUGCCAAAAGAGCUAGCUCGUAUUCACGACGUAUUUCAUGUGUCGAUGCUAAGGAAAUACGUGACUGAUCCUAUGCACAUACUAGUAACACAACCGGUACAGCUCAAAGAAGAUUUAUCUUACAAGGAGGAGGCAAUCGAGAUCGUGGACAGGAAAGACCAAGUACUCAGAAAUAAGACAAUUCCUUUGGUGAAGGUGCUAUGGCGUAAUCAUGGAAUUGAGAAAGCUACCUGGGAAACUGAAGAGCAAAUGAGGAAGAGAUCUCCUCAACUUUUCAAAUGA